UCCUCCAACCUCCAUUUCAUCCAAUCUAAUUUUAUUUGGGUUUUCUUUCAUCUAAUUCGUAUCUGUUUUUUCUCUUCUCUGCGAAAAAUAUAGAUAUGGGUAGUUAGUAAUGUUGGAAUAGUGCUUAAUUUCAUCAUCGGAAGAGCCAACCCAUGGCUCCGUCGCAGAAGAUCUUCUCCUUCAAAGGCUCCGUCACCAAACGUACGGAGGCUCCACGAUGCCCAUCAUUAUCUCCACCUCUGAAGAAAUUCAAGUCCUUGAACGAGAUACUGGAUACGGCGCCAUACGCAGUGAUUGAUCGAGAUUACAGUGAUGUGGGGUGUGAGGAGUGUGGGUCCGGUGAUCGAGCUGAGGAGAUGCUUCUCUGUGAUAAAUGCGACAAGGGUUUCCAUAUGUUCUGCUUGAGACCCAUUGUCGUUAGAAUCCCCAUUGGCCCUUGGUUUUGUCAUCCCUGUUCUGGCCACAAUCGACUAAGGAGAUUUCCGUUGAAGCAGACGAAGAUUGUUGAUUUCUUCCGGAUUCAAAAGUGUUCUGGUACGGCUGACAAAUGUGCUUCUCCUCAAGAUACUGGGAAGCGUAGAAGGCGUUGUAGAACGCUAGUGAUGCAUAAGAAAAGGAGGAGACUAUUGCCAUUUCAUCCCACAGAAGAUCCUAAGCUGAGGCUGCAGCAGAUGGGUUCCCUUGCUACUGCUUUAACAGCACUGCGCAUGGAGUUCAGCAAUGAUCUUAGUUACAUGCCUGGCAUGGCCCCAAAGUCUGCCAAUCAGGCCAGGUUUGAAAAGGGUGGCAUGCAGGUUCUUUGUAAAGAAGACGCAGAAACAUUAGAGCAUUGCAAAGACAUGUGCAGAAGAGGAGAAUGGCCUCCACUUUCAGUAGUUUCUGAUCCAUGUGAAGGCUUCACAGUGGAGGCUGACAGUCACAUAAAAGAUAUGACAUUAAUCACAGAAUACACAGGCGACAUUGAUUACAUUAAGAAUAGGGAACAUGAUGAUUGCGAUAGUAUGAUGACCCUACUUUUAGCAAAAAUCCCAGCUAAUAGUCUAGUUAUCUGCCCUGAUAAACGGGGAAACAUUGCUCGGUUCAUCAAUGGAAUCAACAACCAUACUCCGGAGGGUAGGAAGAAACAAAAUCUAAAAUGCGUCAGGUACAACGUGAAUGGCGAAUGCCGUGUCCUACUGGUGGCUAUACGUGAUAUUGCUAAGGGGGAGAGGCUAUACUAUGACUACAAUGGAUAUGAGCAUGAAUAUCCAACUCAUCAUUUUGUUUGAGUGUCUCUAUUACUCCAGCCUUUGGAUCCAAGAAGUCUUUGAAAUUUAGAGUUUAAAUCUGGAUCCCUUGGGAUUGAUUUUGACUCCAGUAUCUGAUUCUUUCUUGGCUUACUCAUUGUUUUUCUGAAUCAGCAUGAUUCAUUCACUGAUUAUAUUUUUCCGGAAAACAUUCUAUUUGUAGUGGCCCAUUCUUGGCUAGAGUAGGACUGACAAGGAGAGUUUUCUUCAGUGCUAGUAAAGAAAAGAAUAACCUUUUUUAUAUUUUUUUUCAAUUCUAUGGAGUUUAGUUCCUGGAAACUCUGUCUUUUUCAAGACAUAGUUGUCAAUUUGAGAUCACAUUUUGUCAAGUAGCCAUUGGACUUGCUUCCAUAAUUACAUUUAC